AUGGGCAAAAAACUAUUUUUGAAAAUUCGAAAUUGGCGAAGUGUGGCACCAAAAAAAGAAACUCAGGUUCGAAGUAAAGGAGAAGAAAUUGGUGAGUUGAUUUUUUGUUAUAAUUGUCACGUGACAAUUUUUAGCUAGCAAAAAAAUGAUGAAAUAUUUUUAUGAGUUAUUUUAAUGGGCCACUAAGAAAAAAAGUAUUCUCGAAAAAAAUUUGAUAGAAUAGAAAAUCGCUAAAUUUUUCCCGAAUCUGUUCUAUUGAAAAGUCAGAACUUUUGGCAUUUUGAAACAUAUGUUUUAUUCCUUUCACCUUUUUUUCUGAAAGUUAGCAAAUUUAUUUUUUCUUGAAAAAUUAUUCUCACAAUUAUUCUCCUAACAUAAUUUAUCUAUGAUUUUUUUAAAAAUAAUAUUUUUUGGUGGAAAAGUUUUGGAUGAAACCUUUUCGAGAAAGUCGUGAGCUCUGAAAAUAAAGAUUCUCUUUUUUGGAAUAAUUAUGUUUUGGGGAGUUUUUUAAACUCGGAAUUAUUUCUUGUUAAUUCAAUCUUGUGGUUCCCACAGUAUCUAUAAAGGUAGUUUUUCUGAAAAACCAUACUCUAUAAUUUUUUGAACAAAAACAAACAUAAGGCGUAAUAAAUUAGCCACCCGUUUGCCCGGCAAAAAAAAUAUAAUGAAUAUUUUUUGCUGCAUUUUUCAUCUCUCGAAGAAGACAAAUGCGAUCUUUUUUUUCUAUUUUUUCCGUAUAAAAAAUUAUUUCCUCGAAUUUCUUUGUUGUUUUUGCGGGUUGGCAAGAAAGAAGACACCAAAAAAAUUGGCCACUAUCAUCAUCUUCUUCUCGCUCCACCCAAAAUUAGCUCCUUUUUUGACGCUCGAAAUUUUCUUGUAGACACAAAAUUAUAUGGAUAUUAUGUUAUGAAGAAAAAUUGCUUGUUUUCCUUGCCUCCUGAAAUAAAUUUAUUUUUUAUUCUACUUCUCUCUCUGAAAAAUCUGAAAGUGCAUAACCUCUGUUUUCAUUUCAAUUCAAUUUAUUUUUGGAUUUUUUUCUGGGGCGAAGUGAAUUUUUUUGUGCCUCAUCAUCUUUUUUUGGGUGCUUUCAAAUGUCUCAGGUUUCUCGAAUUUCUAGAGAAAAUCUUUUUUUUAUUCUUGGCGUGGUCUUUGGGAAUUUUUAUGCGGAGUGCAAAAAAAAUUAAGUCAAGCGUAGCUCAUUUUUCCUCGUUUUCAUUUUCAUUUUCAUUAUUAAAAAACAUCCCACACAAACAUUUUUAAUUAGUUCAGUUCAUCCGAAUUAAAUAGUUUUUCCCAAAAAAUUUUAGAAUUUUUUACAGCAGGCAGGAAAUAAAAUAAAAAACGUUUAUUUUCGUUCUUUUUAAUCUUGGAAAAAUGCGACAUUAGGUAUGCAAUAAAAUAAAUGAAAAACUCAUCUUUUUCAAGUAUUUUUCCAGACUGAAAAAGAGAAAAUAUUGUUUCCUUCAUGCGGAAGCGAACACGCGACUCUUUCAGCAAUAAAUUAUCAUCUAACCAUCCAAGCUUGUUGCUUUUUUUUAAGUUUCAAAAACAAGAGAAAAAUUGACCUUUCUUCUUGUUCCCCGACAAAAACUUCUAACACCCUUGAGAAUUGCACCUAAAUUUUUUUCAUACAUAUUUUCUUGUUUUUUCUUCUGACAUCAAUUUUUUUUGAAAAAAACAUAAGAACAAAAGAAGUUUCCCGAAAUGUCGAAAUUUAGUGAUUCAUUCAUUUAUUUUUGCCUUUAUUCGUAAAUGAAUCUCCUCAUUCCAAUUUCAAAGUGAUUAAACGUUUUUCUGUUUGUUGGUUUGGUGAAAAAAAUGCAAAUUUUGUUGAUUGCACUUUGCCGUUAAUUUUCAAGAGUGAAGAAUAAAUUCACAGUCAGGAGUUUUCGGAUUGGGCUAGUUGAUGAUCAUCUUAAUGUGAUUCAGAUUUCAAUUUUUCAUAGAACCAUCAUCUUCCAAUUCCUGGGGUCUCAUUGAAGAAAUCCCAAUUUCAUUUUCGGUUUUUCUAUUGGUAAAAACUAGAAAGUGCAAUCAACAAAAUUUGCAUUUUUCUUUUUUUCCAGCCAACCAACAAACAGAACAAUUUAAUCAAUCUGAAAGUAAAAUUAGAUUCAUGAAUCAUUCUGAAGCUAUAAAGAUUUUCAAUUUAUGUAGUAGGACAUUCCUUCCUAAUUUUUUAUCUCAAAAAAAAAACAUUUGUUUUGAAUUUCUGAAUUCAUUAGUUUCUUCGAAAUUUACCCUUCUAUCUAGAAUUUUCAGUCAUUCUAACCUCAAUAAAUCAAAAUUUUUGUGGGUUUUUUGUCUUGUCAGCUGCUCUUUCCUGGUAUAAAAAUAUCUUUGUUUCACAUUUUUCCUCAAUUUUAUGUGCUUCAUAAAUUUAAUCCUACAUUUCAUUUUUCAUAUAACUACAGUACUCUUCCCAUUUUUCGCAUUUCAUUUUUCGAACAUAUCUGAAUAUCUGAAGACACUUGAAAAAUUAAUUGAAUCUUCAAUCUUUUUUCGACUUGUUGUUUUUUUUUUGCGAGUAACGAAGAUUUUCUAAAAAAAAAUGUAGAAAAAUGCAAAUUUUUUAUUUGUGUAUGUGUUUUUUUUCAGAAAUGUCGACAAUGAUGGAAAUGUCGACAACGCGAGCAGAAAUUCGAUCAGUUUUAGUUCGACAUUGGAGAUCUCUUGAUAAAGCACGACUACAAACUAUACAUUUUUGGCUUUUAAUUUAUGCGGUUGGAUUAAUUAUUGUUGAGUACUAUUUUAGUGAUAUUUCACCGGUUAGUUUUUUUUUUUAAAUAGAAGAUCCAAGGGAAAUCGGAAUCCAGUAUUCAAUAUUUGAAAGAUAUUUUUUGUGUGGUUUUCGAUGUUCAAUUUAGACUCAUUGUUUCAAUUCUAUUGUUUUUUUUUCAAAUUUUUUAGAUUGGAAUAAUUAUUUUCAGUGUUCAUUAAAUUCCAAAAAUUAAUGUUUUUUUUUUUCAGAUUUUAUUCAAACACAAUGCAAAUAUCACAUUAUCUGUCAACAAUCAUGAUUCAAUUGUUCUAUGGAAAGACACGUGUUUUUACGCUUCAUUUGUAUUUGUAAUAUAUUUAAUGGCAUCAUGCUUUAUCAUCAGAUUUCAGCAACCCGUAAGCCUACCUUAACCUCAAAAAACAAUCCCUCAAAUUUCUAAAAAUUCCAGCGCGAAGGUGUCAACUUGGUAUUAAUUUCUUUGUCAACAUGUUUUCUACUGCCCGCUUUUGUUUGGGUCGUUCAUUUGCCAGUGGCAAUUUUUGUGAGCAAGGUGAGAACUUUUUUGAAAUUCCAAAAAUUCCCCAAUAAAAAUUAAUAGGUUACCCUGAAAAAUGAUUUCACUUGUCGUAUGAAUUUGACGAUGUUUAGUGAGAAAAUGGAUGAUGUAGGUUCGCACGCUUUUUUCAAUUCACGUGUGAUUUUUCUCACUGAUAAACUUUAAAAUCACGAGGAACUCUGCUCUGAAAACCUUCAAAAAUGCCUAUUUCAGGAACGAUUACAUACAGAUGAAUUGGACCAAUCUGCAUUAUAUUCAAGUUUAUGUAUCGCAUCAAUUAUUCAGUUUUUCAUGCUUCCCAGACAUCGACGGAUAUUUUUCAUGAUUUCGGUUUUGUGGAUUUUUACUAAUUUCUUCCUGGUGGUUCUUAUAAAUUUUCCCGCUUUUGAGAAGAACACCUUAUUUUCCUGUUCGGUAAGUUUUCAGCUUUUUUCGAUUCUUCAAAAACAUUUUUAAAGUGUUUCUCAUUUCUGAUCCAUCAAAUAAUAAUUGCGAUUAUCGGCGUUGUUGCGGAUUCGCAUGAAGCAGGAAAUCGAGCAGAGAUUGCGAAGAAAUUGACAGAAGCGGUUUAUCGGAGGACGGAGCUGGAAACGUUGAAAGAUCGACAGGAACAGCUUUUACUGUCGGUGAUACCGGCUUAUCUAGCGGAUAAGGUGAGAGUUGUUUGAAAUACUUGUCAGAGUUCAGAAUCUGUAGUCAGGUUUUUCUUUAGGUUUUAGAUCUUCAAUAACCUUCUCACCUUUUUUCAGGUCAGUAAAAGUAUAAUCCAAGCAUCAAGUACUGCGACAGAACGCGUGAAAAAUUCGAAAAAUCACAAAUUAUUCCACGAUUUACAUGUUCAAGUUCACGACAAUGUCAGUAUUUUAUUCGCUGAUAUUGUUAAUUUCACAGUUCUUGCUGCACAAUUAUCAGCAAAAGAACUUGUUCGAACAUUGAAUGAAUUGUAUAGCAAAUUUGAUCGAGAUGCUCAACGACUUCAAUGUAUGAGGAUCAAAUUUCUUGGAGAUUGUUAUUAUUGUGUUAGUGGAAUGCCAGUUAAUCGACCAAAUCAUGCUGAUAUGUGUGUUGUAAUGGGAUUAGAAAUGAUUAAUACUAUCAAGUGAGACAAAAAUACAUAUUUGUGUUGUUGAAUUCGAGAACUUCUUUUUUUCCAGACAAAUUCGACUUGCAACUGGUGUUGAUGUGAAUAUGCGAAUCGGUGUUCAUACUGGAAGCGUUCUAUGUGGAAUUAUGGGUUUACGAAAAUGGCAAUUUGAUAUAUGGAGCGAUGACGUAACAUUGGCAAAUCAUAUGGAAUCCGCUGGAGUUCCGGGAGCUGUUCAUAUAACAAAAUCAACCAAAGAUAGACUUCUCGGAGAUUACUGUAUUGUGGAGGCGCAGUGGGUUUUUUUUAACAUAAGUAUUUAUUUUUCCAAAAUUCCUUUCAUUUUUUUUAAUUCAGAACUGAUGAUCCAAAUGUUAAAUCCUACGGUCAACAAACCUAUCAUAUUCUGCCUGACAAAACUACUGCCAUUGAAAGAACUGCAUCAAUCUAUAGAAAAUCAUUCGAUCGAUUAUCAACAAGUCCAGCAAUGCAAUCUAGACUCAGCUUGAAAUCGAAAGUAUCAAAAAUGGUCGAAUUUUGGGGAGCCGAGGCACCAUUUGCAAAUUUCAAUAAGAAAAAAUCAUCAACUAGUCACGAUCCGAAUUUUAUUGUUGACGAAAUGGCAAGAAGGCCAACUUAUAUCAAUACAAUUCCAUCGAUGACUUUGAUUGAAAAUAAUUUGACAAACUUUUCGUUUAAUAAGUGAGUUUUUUCAAUGGAAAAUUGAAACAAUGAAAAUAAAAUCGAUAUUUUUCGAUCAAGCCUCAAUUCCAUGUUCAACUGUGAGAUUCCGAAAAUUCCAUCAUCUCCCAAACUUCUUUGGCCAUUUCGACACAAAUCUGUAAAUUGUGCAUUAUCAGAUUGUUAUUUACUUCUUUUAAUUAGCAUUUUAUCAUCGAUCGGGAUAAUAAUACUGUGUCGAUUGUAUUGCAAGUAAGUUUUUGAAUUAUUUCGGAAAUUUUUAUAUUUGAUUUUUUAGCGAUGUUAUAUUAGAAAUCACCCUUCAACAAUGUUUUGUUAUAAUUGGUUUAUUAUUAUUGACACUUCUGGAUCGAGUUUGUUCAUAUGCAAGACCUUUAAUAACAUCAAUUGCAUUUAUUUUAUCCGCAUUUAUACCAAUUGGACCACAUGUAAGAUUCUGGAUUUUUAAGAUUCUCAAUUACAAGUUCAAAAAAUGUCGUUUGUUUCCAGAUAAUGUUUCCAAAAGAAGUCAACGAUGGUCAACAAAUUGGCUUCGCUUCUCUGAUAUUCUUACCAAGUUGUAUAACUCAUAUGUCAUCAGUUUUUAUUUUAUAUCGACUUCCAUAUUCUCACAGAUGUCUUUUGUUUUUUGCGGAUUUUAUAAUGUUUCAAGUUUUGUUAUCAAUGUUCCCGUCUCAUCGAGCUGAACCAUGGUUCAAAUAUAUUGGAUAUCAUAUUUCGAUUGUCUCGAUUUCAUUGUCUUUAUUAUUGAUUUUGUUGUUUUUUAUUGAUUGGAUUGUGAGUUUCGUGGGGGAAGUGGGGAUUUUUGACGGUACAAAAACUUGAAAUUACUUACUGUUGAAUUCGUGAAUAGUAUGAAAAAUUCUCUAACAUCAAUUCACGCAAAGUUCCAAAUUCACAGUGUUUUGAAAAUACUGUAACAUUUCAUUGAGAAAAAAAAUUAACUUUGGAAUUUGAAUUUCGAACCCUUUCUCUUAAUACCCAUUUCUCAGACAAAUUACGAGAGAAAACGCGAAUCUGCAUGCCACGUAUCAUUUCAAAAUGAAGAACGAGAUGUUGAAACCAUGCAAGAUAUUAAUAAAAUCCUUAUCGAGAAUAUUUUGCCAUCCAGUGUUGCUGCGAAAUUUUUAUCUGGAAGAGCUGUUAAUGUGAGUUUCAAAUUUUCUGCCAAAUUCCAAAAAAACCCUCAUUAUACAGGAAUUGUAUGCUCGACAACACGAGAAUGUAUGUGUGAUGUUCGCAUCAAUUCCGAAUUUCAAAGACUUUUGGAGUGAAUGGGAUACAAAUCGAAAAUUGGAAUGUCUUCGAUUGUUGAAUGAAAUCGUUUGCGAAUUCGAUAAACUCUUGUCGAAACCAAAAUUUUCUAGUGUUGAGAAAAUCAAAACAGUUGGAAGUACUUAUAUGGCAGCAGCUGGAUUGAAUGAAUCCGAAGCCGAAUUUGAAGAGAUUUAUAUGGGAGAAAAAAUGCAAUAA